UCCUUUCCCAGUUUCUUCCCUCAUUACAACAUUACAUUAAUAAACCCAAAUUCAAGACACAGUACUAGGAUUUCCAAAUUCAAAUUCCUAGUCACCUGUCUCUGAUUGGAUUCUUGAAUUUAUAGUGACUCUCAGAGCAUUUAUACACGGGAAAGAUCCAAACUUUGGGUUUCUUUCUCCAGGGAAAAUGGGUUCAUCUGUGUUGUACACUUCAAUUCAUACCUCAAGUGUACUGUUUUCAAGAACCCAGUUUCCAUUUUUGGUGCACAGAGAAUUUGCAGCAGAGUUUUGUCCUUCUUUGCACGGUGGGUGCUGUUUAAGAACCCAAGAAAAUGGGCAUGCAAAGAGGGUGGCAAAAGUGAAGGCUACACUGGCUGCUGAGACUGCAAAGGUGGCUACUUGUGGUGUGGGUGAUGGGGAUUCUAAAGCAUCAAAGAGGAAGCUGAAGAUAUUGGUGGCUGGCGGUGGGAUUGGAGGUCUGGUUUUUGCGUUGGCGGCGAAGAAGAAGGGGUUUGAGGUGGUGGUUUUUGAGAAGGAUUUGAGUGCAAUCAGAGGGGAGGGUCAGUACAGAGGUCCAAUUCAGAUACAGAGCAAUGCUUUGGCUGCUUUGGAGGCCAUUGAUAUGGAUGUUGCUGAGGAGGUUAUGAGUGCUGGCUGCAUCACUGGUGACAGAAUUAAUGGUUUGGUUGAUGGGGUUUCUGGGAAUUGGUAUUGCAAGUUUGAUACAUUCACUCCUGCAGCACAACGGGGACUUCCAGUAACAAGAGUUAUUAGCCGCAUGACUUUGCAACAGAUCCUUGCCUGUGCCGUUGGGGAGGAUAUUAUCAUGAAUGAAAGUAAUGUGGUCGACUUCAAGGAUGAAGGAAAUAAGGUUACCGUUAUUCUUGAGAAUGGGCAGAAACACGAAGGUGAUCUUCUAGUUGGUGCUGACGGAAUACGGUCCAAGGUGAGAACUAAUUUAUUCGGGCCAAAGGAUGCCACAUACUCGGGCUAUACUUGUUACACGGGAAUUGCAGAUUUUGUUCCUGCUGAUAUUGAGACUGUGGGGUACCGAGUAUUUCUUGGCCACAAACAAUAUUUUGUUUCUUCGGAUGUGGGUGGAGGAAAAAUGCAGUGGUAUGCUUUUUACAAUGAACCGGCUGGUGGUGAAGAUGCACCAAACGGUAAAAAAGAGAGAUUGCUAAAAAUAUUCGAAGGUUGGUGUGACAAUGUCAUAGAUUUAUUGCUUGCUACGGAUGAAGAUGCAAUUCUUCGGCGUGACAUUUAUGAUAGAACACCAUCCUUGACUUGGGGCAAGGGCCGUGUUACCUUACUCGGGGACUCAAUCCAUGCUAUGCAGCCAAAUUUGGGUCAAGGGGGAUGCAUGGCCAUAGAGGAUGGGUAUCAACUUGCUCUUGAGCUUGACAAAGCUUGGAGGCAAAGUGUCGAGUCGGGAACCCCUAUAGACAUCGCAUCUUCAUUGAAAAGUUAUGAGAAAGAGAGAAGACUGAGAGUUGGAAUCAUCCAUGGGCUGGCCCGAAUGGCUGCAUUGAUGGCAGCAACUUAUAAGGCAUAUUUAGGUGUAGGACUUGGUCCAUUAUCGUUCUUAACCAAAUUUAGGAUACCACAUCCCGGAAGAGUUGGUGGGAGAUUUUUUAUAGACCUCGCGAUGCCUUUAAUGCUUAGUUGGGUCCUAGGAGGCAAUGGAGAAAAACUUGAAGGCAGGCCGAAGCAGUGCAGACUGUCUGAUAAGGCUAAUGAUCAGCUGCGGAAAUGGUUUGACGAUGAUGAUGCAUUGGAGCGUGCCAUGAAUGGAGAAUGGUUGUUAUCUCCACUCAAGAAUGCAAGUACCGCCUCAGAACCCAUUUUCUUACGCAGAGAUGAAAAAACGCCCUGCAUAGUUGGCUCUGUGCCACAUCCAAACUUCCCGGGAACAUCACUAGUCGUGGCUUCAACCGAGGUCUCCGAACUGCAUGCUCGAAUAAGCUAUAAGGAUGGGGCUUUCUUCGUGACUGAUUUGCGUAGUAAACAUGGCACUUGGAUCACCGACAACGAGGGCAGGCGCUAUCGGUUGUCUCCAAACUUUCCAACUCGUUUUCAUCCAUCAGACAUCGUCGAAUUUGGGUCUGAUCGUAAGGCGGCCUUUCGCGUGAAGGUGAUGAGAUUUCCGCCAUUUUCCGGCGAGGAAGAGAUGAAAGUUUUGCAGGCAGCGUAGGCAUUCUCAAGAAAACCGAUUUGGUCUAUAUAUAAAGAAACACUCGGAAAUUGUACAGGAUUUAUCCAUGGCAGCUGAGCCGAGUAAAGCUAAGCUGCUGCAUUUUGUACCAUGUACAGAUUUACUGUAAUUCAGAACAAGAAAUCACUAGAAAUGCGAAAGAUAUAGACAACAGAUUCCCUAUA